UUUUUCAUAAAUGUGUAUUGUUUGAAUUAACCGCUGGAUUGUGAUUAUAAAAUUAUCGACUUUGGGAUAAAAUAAAUAAUAAUGGCUACUGUUCAAAAAACUAAAUCAGCUAUAACUUUGAAAGGAUCUGCGGAAAUCAUUUGUGAUUACCUGAAUUAUGGCAUUAAUUCCAUACUAUUUCAAAGAGGGAUUUAUCCUCCAGAUACCUUUCAAACUGUGGAAAAUUACGAAUUGACAAUGUUUAUGUCCACAGAUAAGAAAAUAAUCGAAUUUUUGGAGAAAACUUUAGUUCAACUUAAAGAGUGGUUGGUUUUAAAAUAUGUGAAUAAAAUUGCUCUCAUUAUAACGAAUGUAAAAUCGAGAGAAACUUUAGAGAGAUGGGAUUUCAAAGUAGAAUAUGAAGGAGAUACAUCGAAUGGUGAAGUAGUAUCAGAUAAACCUCUAUCAACAAUUAAAAAAGAAAUUCGCGAUGUGGUGAGACAAAUAACAGCAUCAGUAACAUAUCUCCCUUUAUUGGAUUGUAUCUGUAGUUUUGAUGUUCAAAUUUAUACAAAAGACAAUAUAGAAUUACCUGAAGAAUGGACUGAAUCUGAACCAGCUAAUAUAAAAAAUGCUCAAAGUGUUAAGAUGAAAGCUUUUUCGACAAAACUUCAUAAAAUGGAGACUGUUGUUACCUAUAAGAAUACGGAAUUGUAGGACUUGCUAUUGUUAUAAUUUAAUAAUUCAAGACAAUAUCACUUGAAAUUUUUUUUUAUGAUAUUUACUUCAUAUUAGAAGGAACUGAGAACAAGUGUUUUAUAUUAAAAUAUACUAUUUAAUGUAAGGAAUAAAAUGUUUAAUAUGUGCUAUACCGAUUUCAAUGUAAAAAUUAAAUUUUUUUUGUCUGCUGUUGUAAUAGAUAGAAUCUAAAUAAAUCUAUAAAAACAA